UCUUAUCUCGUGGGUACCCAAAUUUAUAGUACGAAGACUUUGAACCUAUACAUACACAUAUCCAAUCUAUACAUACAAAUCAUCGAGAUUUCUCUUUAGAUUCGAUCAUCACAUCGAUUGAUCGCAGAUCCAUCGAUUAUCAGCUCAAUCUGUGAUUUUGAUUUGUAGAGAUAAUAAUGGCUGAAGCUUCUGAUCAGGCGACAACUCUCUGCAGUCAUUGUGACAGAGACAUUCCUUCUUCAAAUAUUGACUUGCACUAUGCUCACUGCUCCCGGAAUCUUGAGAAAUGUAAAGUAUGCAGUGAUAUGGUCCCCAAAAAAUAUGCUGAAGAACAUUUCCUAAGCACCCAUGCACCAGUUUCCUGCUCACUCUGCAGUCGAUCCAUGGACCGUGAAGUUUUGGCUGUUCAUAAAGGUGAGAAUUGUCCUCAACGAAUCGUGACAUGUGACUAUUGUGAGUUCCCAUUGCCAGCGGUUGAUCUGUUUGAGCAUCAGGAAGUCUGUGGAAAUCGGACGGAGUUAUGUAAUCUAUGUAACAAAUAUAUAAGACUGCGUGAACGAAGUAACCAUGAGAGCAUAUGCAAUGGUGUUCAGAAUAUUCCUCCAGAGCCUUUCAGGAGCACGGGGGAGACUGAAAGAGGGCGUCGUCCUCAAAGAAGGCAGCCUGCAGGAUUUUCCACCAAAAGCCUUAUAUUUACCAUAGCAAUAACUGGGCUUGCUGUGGUUUUAGGGUCUCUGCUGUUUCAGAGUAAACAUGAAAACAGUCCAAUGCAUUAGAAAAUAAAGGCCUAUAAUCUUUUGUAUGUGUUCUGUGUAAGCAAAUUCCACCUGUCCCCAUGUAAACAAUUUUCUUGCAUAUUUGCUUUUCUCGUGAGAUAUUUCUCAUUAUCCAGCUCUAGUAGAUAUGGCCUGAUGUUCUGUAUGACAUUGAAAUAAAGUAUUAUUCUGAAUUUGUAUAAAUAAGUAAAAAUGUUUCUUA